AUGCUCGAGGCGGACCCCCCGUGGUCGAGACCUUUAAUGCUAGAGAGCACCAUGAGUACUGGAGAUAUUAUCGAGACAGAGAAGAAGGCUCCUGCUCAUUUCACUGAAGAGGAGGUGGCCGCAGAUUCGGAGAGUCAAGACCUCAACUACAAGAAGAUUCUUCGCAAGAUCGACCGGAGAAUCCUUUACUUGUACUCGGUGGUGUACCUCUUCACGCAGAUCAACAAGGGGAACUUGUCGAACGUGGCGAUCGUCAACCUUGAAGCGGGCCAUGGGAUCAAGGAGGAGCUCAGCUUAAACUCCCAACAAUGGGCAUGGAGUCUCUCUUCGUUCUACUACUCGUACCUAUUCUUCGAGCCUUUGGCCACGGUGCUCUUGAAAACGUUUGGCCCACGUGUCUGGCAGUCUAGGAUCAUGAUCACUUGGGGCGCCAUCUCCAUGCUACAGGCUGCAGCCCGUAAUUUCAGUGGGUUGGUCGCAGUACGUUUCUUUUUGGGACUAGCUGAGGCCGGCUUCUACACCCUGGUACUUUAUCAUCUUGGGUUCUGGGUCAAGCCUCGAGAGCUUCGACAAAGAGUGGCAUCGUUCUACUCGGUGGGGAUGCUCUCGGGGGCCGUUUCCGGGUUGCUUGCCUACGGGAUAUCGUUUCUUGACCAAAGGGCCAAUCUAAGCGGCUGGCAAUGGGUCUUCAUCUUUGAAGGGAUCCCCACGGUUCUCUUGGGCAUCUACACGUUCUUCCGUCUCCCCAAUUACGUCGAAGAUUCGAACUUCCUCUCCGAGGGGGAGAAGAAAGUGUUGCUUGAUAAUCUCCCCAAGUCUGCGCCCACCAAAGCCGACAGCUCUUUCAGUUGGGACCAGGUCAAGGAGUUGAUCAGACAACCGACAUUCUACACCUAUUGUCUGAUUUGGUUCUUCCAGGGGGUUGGAGGUUGGGGGAUUUCGUUUGUUCUCCCCACCAUCGUGUACGAGUUGGGGUUUACUGGUACGGCAACCACCCAAUUGAUGACGAUGCCCCCAUCCUUCAUAGGGUUCAUCUUGUUGAACGUCCUUGGAUAUAUGCUCCACCGCAGAUACAUCGAGGCAUUCCCCACGGCAAUGGUCAUGUCCUUGAUCCAAAUCGUGAGCUAUAUCGUCUUGUUGACCGUGAAAAGCAACGUGGCCAAGUACGUGAUGUUGAACGUGGCCACUGCCAUCUCCAACUCUCUCUUCCCCGUGCUCUGGCCCGACAGGAUGAGGGUCGUCAAUGGGACCAGUUCGUCUGCUCUUGCCAUUGGGAUCACCAACACGGCGUGUCAAUUCCUUGGGAUAGUCGGUCCCCAGAUCUACCAGCCCAAGUUUGGGCCCACUUACCGGGUCAGCUACGCCUGUUCGAUUGCUCUUUGCAGUUGUGCCAGUGCUCUGAUUGCCUUGACUUGGUACUUGGUGGCCAAAGGUGGGCUCUUGCAUACUGAAGGUGCCUUCAGAGAAGACCUGGACGAUACUGAUAAGAGCUGA